CUAAGUCUGGAAUAUAUCUAAACAUUAAAUAUGUAAAUAUAGACAAUAUAGCGCCUUGGUUACAGGAAUUGGAACCUACCAUCGGAUUGCGUGCCUACGCGGAUAAUACCAACGUAUUUACUAACUACACAGAACUAUCAAGAAUACAUGGUUUUCAAAAUAUGCCAAGUCAUCAUAGGAUUAUGGAUGUACAUCUCAGUAAGGGUGCCAGGGAUAUCAUACCAUAAAAACAACGUAUCGGCGAUUUGUCUUAAAUCAACAAUAACUAGAGUGCCCACUUUUAUCGCAACAAGAUAUACAUAUGGAAAUACAAUAGAAAAUAGAAUAUUUCAACUUAACGCUGUACCGAAAAAGAAACCAUCAAAGAGAAGAACCAGAAUUAGAAAAACAGCAUGGAUGAAAAGAUUCCCCAAUAAUUGGAAAAGGCCCAUGAUGUUGGAUAUACUCGACAUUACAAAGUACACAGAUGGAACAUUAACCAAGUCACGCACUACACGAGAAAAUUGGUUAAAUCUACCAAACACCUCAUUGGAUGGUGAGCAUUUUUUGACAAGGGAAAUUAGACCAACAUGGUGAAAUUGUAACGUACUACAGUCUGACACACGUGGACAUGGAAGGUUGUGCCUUCCACGGCAUGUGACCUUGAAUAAUACAGU